UUCAAGCAGAACUUGUGUAUAUCAGUGCAUUGUAAUUGUCACUAACAUUUUCUCAACAUUUGUGAAACAGCCAAACAAGUACAGUUAUUCUUGUAAUAACGAACUCUUUUAGAUGUGUAAGCCAGAGAUGCAACAUGGCACCAACUUAAUGGUGCCAUUCAAUAGUAUGUCACUAAAUUUUAGUAUCACAUCAUAAACACACUGAGAGCAACAUAAAGCAAAUCGUUUGACUAAGCAUUGUUUAGAUACUGCACCUUGCAAACUGUUAUUCUACCAGAGCCAUGUAUAAGGUUCUGAACUUUAGAGUUGCCUCAAACUUCCAGAACUCCUACCAAAAAAGCAAUUCUAGACUAGCAACCGUGCUGUCUGCACUCUAUCAGUGAGUCGGUACCACUUUCUUGCACUUUUUACAUAAUUGCCAUGGAAAUGACAACCCUGAUAAUUAAGUGUCAGCUUUUUGAAAAAAGGCAAUGUGACAUGUGGAGGGACAGCAGCAAGUGGUGCAGCUUGCGCUUUCCCUUUUACUUACAAGAACACAAGUUACUGUGGUUGUACAUCAACAAAUCAUGACCAGCCCUGGUGUGCAACUAGAAUGGGAAAUUACAAUGAUCAUGGCCUAUGGGGGAACUGUAACUGUUCACAAUUGUCAUCAGUCACCAUGACCUGUGGAGGGACAGCAAGUGGUGCAGCUUGUGCUUUCCCUUUUACUUACAAAGAGAACAUGUACUCUACAUGUACGUGGACAGAUCACAACCAGCCCUGGUGUGCAACUAGAAGAGGAAAUUACAGUAUUCACGAGAGAUGGGGCAACUGUCAGUGUUAUGAAAAAGCGAUAUCAGCUAAGGUAACAUGUGGUGGUACCUCACACGGGGCAGCUUGUUCUUUUCCAUUUACCUACGAUGGAGACAAGUACUACGGUUGCACUUCUGUAGAUCAUGAUGAAUCGUGGUGUGCAACUAGAACAGGAGAUUACAGUAUUCAUCAGAAAUGGGGCAACUGUCAGUGUUCUGAAAGAGUGGUCGCAGCUAACAUAACGUGUGGUGGUAACUCCUAUGGGGCAGCUUGUUCUUUCCCCUUCAUCUACAAUGGAGACAAGUACUAUGGUUGCACUUCUGUAGAUAAUAACCAGCCAUGGUGUGCAACACAAGAGGGUUUGUACUCUACACACGAGAAAUGGGGAAAUUGCCUGUGUUGCCAAAAACCCACUCCAGUUACUGUAACCUGUGAAGGCACUGGCCAUAGUGCUGCUUGUAUAUUUCCUUUCAAGUACAACAACAAUGUGUACUACACCUGCACCACGUAUAAUAACGACCAGCCUUGGUGUGUGACUCGUAAAGGAAAAGGUGAUGAUACUGUUAAAUGGGGAAACUGUAAUUGUCCUCAUACACCUGAGUCAGGUCAGUAUUAUGAAGCUUAUCAUUUUUUCUGCAUUCCUGUUGGGAUGUUUAUUAUUUUAGUACAAAAGACAUGUGGAGGUCCAGCCUCAGGAAAAAAAUGUGUAUUUCCAUUUGAAUAUAGACAAAGCACAUAUUAUACCUGCACAGAUGUAAAGCACAACCAGCCCUGGUGUAGCACUAAAAAGGGAGAUCCUGAUCACAGUGAAUGGGGCAACUGCUAUUGUCCUAUUGAACAUGCAUAUGAGGUUGUGCCUAGAACAUGUGAUGGAACAGCUAAUAACAAUGCUUGUGUUUUUCCAUUUACAUACUAUGGACAAAGCUACAAUCACUGUAUUUCUAUUGAUCGCGAUGAGCUAUGGUGUGGAACUAGAAAUGGAAGUGUCGAAGAACACAAUGAAUGGGGAUAUUGUAAAUGCACUAGCGUGCCCUCCACAUGCGGUGGAAAUAGUAAUGGACGUCCAUGCCAAUUCCCAUUCACUUACAAAAAUGUCACAUAUUAUGACUGCAUUGGUACAGACAGUUCUGAACUGUGGUGUGCAACACACUCUGGAAUUUAUGAAGAUCACGGAUACUACGGCAACUGCAAAUGUUCAGAAGUCAUGGAAACGUGUGGAGGCAAAGGUAAAGGAAACCCAUGUGUACUUCCAUUUCUAGACCAUGGCCUGAAAUUUUACAAUUGCACACUCUAUUAUCAUGACCGGCAAUGGUGUGCAACUGAAGAGGGUGACUAUAAAAACCACAAGAAAUGGGGAAACUGUGACUGCAAUGAUGAUGAUCUUGGCAGUGGCAGUGGCAGUAGCAGUGGCAGUGGCAGUAGCAGUGGAAGUUACACUGACGUCCGCAGUGAGACUAUUGCCAAAUGUGAUUGGUAAUUAUAGUGCCACAAAAGUUAACCCUCCUCACAACAUUAUC